AUGACUUCCAAGGUUAGAGUGGGACAUUACUUAAUCAAUACUGAUGAAUUGCUAGGCAAAGGUUCCUUUGGGGCUGUUUAUAGCUGUCAAAGCGAUACUUUUAAAAAUAAAGACUUGUGUGUUAAAGUAUCACUAAUGAUAAUUAGAUCGUUUCUUGUAAAAAUGCGAUGAUUUAAGCACAUAAAGAAAUUGAGCUUCUUGAAGUGCUCAAAAAAGUGGCAAAUCCGAAUUUAAUUAUGAUCCAUGAUUUGAUUUAAGAUGAAAAUCAGAUAUACAUAUUUAUGGACAGAUGUAGAGGAGGAGACCUGAAAUCCCUAAUUCUAGACUACAAUUUGAAGAAGAAAUAGUUUACUUUAGAAUAGAUCGUAGAUAUGGUUAGAUAGAUUGUAUGUGGUUAUGAAGCCUUAAUAUAAAACAAAAUGAUCCAUAGAGAUCUCAAACCUGCUAAUAUUUUAUUUGAAUAUAAGACAAAGGAGAAAAUAACUUUAAAAGUAAUAGCAUAUCAAAUCAGAUUAGUUAACAGAUUUUGGGUUGGGCAGAAUAUUAGAUGACAUUACUAUAAAACAAUACAUGACAAGAGUGGGAACUCCUGCUUAUAUGUCACCGCAAAUUUCUUUGGGAGAGAAAUUUUCUGCAAAAUGUGAUAUUUUCUCUGUAAGAAUUUUCAAUUAUUCUAGUUGGGAAUCAUUAUCUAUGAACUAACAUUUCUAGAAUUACCAUCUUAAGGAAUGAAUCCUUUGAUACGUAAUUUGUUUUAAAAGUCUUUAAAAACUAAGCCUUUUGUUUGUCCUAACUUAAAUUAGUAGCAACCUGCUUAAUUGAAAUGCUUGAUUUAAGAUCUAAUUAAUAAGAUGCUCAGUUUUGAAGAGGAAGCAAGACCAAGUUGGGAGGAUCUAAUAAAAUCAGAAAUAAGUAAUAAAGAUUCAAUACCAUUUAGUGACUAUAGGUAAAUAAGUCGUAACUAUACCGAUUGAAGUCAAAUAAAAAAAUGAAGAAAACAAUUUAUAAAUUACAAUUUUGAAAUAUGAGAGGAAGUUAGGUAGGGAAAGAUAUUUUGAAUAAAAUUAAUUUUUUAAGCUGAUUGAAUUUAAAUAAAAGUUUAAGGGCAAACACGAUCUUUUAAGAAAAUCCUAUCUUAUUGUAUAUAUGAUGAUAUGCAAAGCACAACUAUUAUACAGUUUGCAAUAACAAUUUCAAUUAAUAGUGUAAUUAAAAAAAAUAAUAUAGAAAACAAUAUUUUCCGAAUUUUGAUGUUUAUCAUUUUGAACUAAUUUAGACAUGUUUUAUAGGAUAUCGUUUUAAGAUUCUUGAGAAUGCUUUUGGAUUUUGUAACCAAAAAUUAGAUCUAAUUAAUGAAUCAUGCAAGAAAUAAUUUGAGAAUGAAUUUUUGCAAAUGACUUAACAAAUUUAUCAAUCAAAUGAGUUAGAAGUACAAACAAUUAAAAAACAUGUUUAUGAUUUUUUCCUUUAAACAAAGGAUGUAUUUCAAUAGGCAGAAAAUGAAUUAAUAAAUUUAAAAACAAAAAAUCAAUAUCCCAAGAACAUAGAAAAGUUUUUUAAAUUGAUUUCUUAAUAAGAAUUUACUGACUUUGGAAUAUAUGCUAAAUGGUUUUAUUUUUUUUGGAAUCAACAUCUUCGCAAGUUAUUGAAUUAUGAUUAAACAAAAUAGCACGAAAUAAAAUAUUAAUUGUAAUUCAUUCUUUAAAUUGUAGACUAUUAAUAUUAAUUGAGAGAUUUCUUAAUUUGGAAACAGACCAUCCUUUUCAAAAGUAUGAUAAAUUUGAUGAAAAUUCAAUAUUAUUAUAGGAAAAACCCACAAAGGAUGAUCUAGAAAGAUAAAUAAAAUUAAGAGUAUACAUUUGA